ACCGAGGAUGGGGGUCAUGGCGCCCCGAACCCUCCUCCUGCUGCUUUCGGGGGCCCUGGUCCUGACCGAGACCCGGGCGGGCUCCCACUCCAUGCGGUAUUUCUACACCGGCGUGUCCCGGCCCGGCCGCGGGGAGCCCCGCUUCAUCGCCGUCGGCUACGUGGACGACACGCAGUUCGUGCGGUUCGACGGCGACGCCGCGAGUCCGAGGAUGGAGCCGCGGGCGCCGUGGGUGGAGCAGGAGGGGCCGGAGUACUGGGACGAGGAGACGCGGAAAGCCAAGGGCCACGCACAGAAUUUCCGAGUGGACUUUCGGACCCUGCUCGGCUACUACAACCAGAGCGAGGCCGGGUCUCACACCCUCCAGAGGAUGUUCAGCUGCGACGUGGGACCCGACGGGCGCCUCCUCCGCGGGUACAGUCAGUUGUCCUACGACGGCGCCGAUUACAUCGCCCUGAACGAGGACCUGCGCUCCUGGACCGCGGCGGACGCGGCGGCUCAGAUCACGCGGCGCAAGUGGGAGGCGGCCGGUGCGGCGGAGCAAGUGAGGGCCUACCUGGAGGGCACGUGCGUGGAGUGGCUCCGCAGAUACCUGGAGAACGGGAAGGAGACGCUGCAGCGCGCAGACCCCCCAAAGACACACGUGACCCAUCACCCCAUCUCUGACAGUGAGGCCACCCUCAGGUGCUGGGCCCUGGGUUUCUACCCUGCGGAAAUCACACUGACCUGGCAGAGAGAUGGGGAGGACCAGACCCAGGACACGGAGUUUGUGGAGACUAGGCCCGCAGGGGAUGGAACCUUCCAGAAGUGGGUAGCUGUGGUGGUACCUUCUGGAAAGGAGCAGAGAUACACGUGCCAUGUGCAGCACGAGGGGCUACCCAAGCCCCUCACCCUGAGAUGGGAGCCGCCUCCUCAGCCCACUAUGCUUAUUGUGGCAAUCGUUGCUGGCCUGGUUCUUCUUGGAGCUGUGGUUGCAGGUGUUGUGAUGUGGAGGAAGAAGAGCUCAGGUGGAAAAGGGAGCUACAAUCAGGCUGCCUGCAAUGACAGUGCCCAGGGCUCUGAUGUGUCUCUCACAGCUUGUAAAGUGUGACAUAGCUGCCUUCUGUGGGACUGAGUGAUUCCCGAUGAGUUCGAGUCCCCCCGCAACACCACCACUAUGACUUCAAGAGCUCCUCCCUGGCUUCUCCUUCUGCAGCUGGCAUCAGAAUAUGUCUGUGUGUCUGUGAUACUGUUAGCAUAAUGUGAGGAAAUGGGGAGACUGGCCCAUCCCUGAACACCAAGACCCCUUCCCCACACUGACCUGCGUUCUCUUCUCUCAUCAACUUUCCUGCUCCAGCAGAGGUGGGGCUGGGAUGCCUCGAUCCCUGUCUUAAAUUUGUGUUGCACUGAGCCACAGCUUUUUACUUCCCUAUUGAAAAGAAAAAUCUGGAAAUGAAUUUGUUUGCAAACUCUUGCCAUAGAUGGGUUAAUUAAAGGAGAGGAAGAUUCUUAAAAUUUGAGAGUGGAAAUAAAACCUGAGAAGCUUCCAGAA